GGGCCGAGGCUCCGGGAGGCCGCUCCGGGGCCGGGGGGCGGCCGGGGCAGUGACGUCACCGCAUGACUGGGUUUUUAUGAAUGAAAGGAAUCCUGUGAGUGAGUAAUUCCGGGAAGCUCGCCUUACAACUCGGCGCGGCCCCCCGCGCCGCUCGCCGCGCUACACGACUCCCGGGCGCCGGACUCGGGGUGACCCGCGGUGGACAGCAGAGGGAAGGCGAGCGGGGCAGCGCGGCCAGGACAGCGGGCUGAGCGGGCCGAGCGGCGGGUCUCCAGCCCAGAGGGCGCCUUCUGCAAACAUGUCUGGGGACCCCUUGUCCAGCAAGGCUCUGAAGAUCAAGCGCGAGCUGAGCGAGAACACGCCGCACCUAUCCGACGAGGCGCUGAUGGGGCUGUCGGUGCGCGAGCUGAACCGGCACCUGCGCGGGCUGUCGGCCGAGGAGGUGACGCGGCUCAAGCAGCGGCGCCGCACGCUCAAGAACCGCGGCUACGCCGCCAGCUGCCGCGUGAAGCGCGUGUGCCAGAAGGAGGAGCUGCAGAAGCAGAAGUCGGAGCUGGAGCGCGAGGUGGACAAGCUGGCGCGCGAGAACGCCGCCAUGCGCCUGGAGCUCGACGCGCUGCGCGGCAAGUGCGAGGCGCUGCAGGGCUUCGCGCGCUCCGUGGCCGCGGCCCGCGGGCCAGCCACCCUCGUGGCCCCGGCCAGCGUCAUCACCAUCGUCAAGUCGGCCCCGGGCUCCGCCUCCGCCGCCGCCGCCGGCCCCGCCCCAGCCGCCGGCCCUGCCGCCGGCCCCGCCCCAGCCGCCGGCCCCGCCCCCGCCGCCUGCUCCUAGUCCCCGCCCCGCCCUCCAAGCCCCGCCCUCCCCACAUCCUCCUGGUCCUCAGUCCCGCCCCCUGCUCCGAAUCCCCGCCCCAUUUACCGGCCCCGCCCCGUCCUCCAAGCCCCGCCCUCCCCACAUCCUCCUGGUCCUCAGUCCCGCCCCCUGCUCCGAAUCCCCGCCCCACUUACCGGCCCCGCCCCGUCCUCCAAGCCCCGCCCUCCCCACAUCCUUCUGGUCCUCGGCCCCGCCCCCUGCUCUGGGUCCCUGCCCCAUCUUCCCGGCCCUGCCCUGUCCUCCAAUCCCCGCCCCACCACCUUCCUCUGGCCCUUGGUCCCGCCCCCUGCUCCGACUCCCUGCCCCAUCUUCCCGGCCCCGCCCCGUCCUCCAAGCCCCGCCCUCCCCACCUCCCUCUGAUCCUCGGUCCCGCCCCCUGCUCCGAGUCCCCGCCCCAUCUUCCCGACCCCGCCCUGUCCUCCAAGCCCCGCCCUCCCCCACCUCCUCCUGGUCCCCGCCCCAUCUUCCUGCCCUGCUGCCCCUCUUCCUAGUUCCCAUCUCUGUCCUCCAGGCCACGCCCCUUGGCCCCAAGUGCCUAAGCGCCUCCUCAUCCCCCACGUGCCAUUUCUUGGCUGUCCCUGGAGUGGACACUUGCCCUCUCUGCGGGGUCUGUCCUUCUCCAGCGACCUGCCAAGCUGGGACUUCCUGGCCCUGGGGAGGGAGAAGCAGCUUUGUUGAGAUGGGGGCGGGAGGGGCGGGCCACUCAGGGUCUCCUGUGGCUGAACUCCUGCCGCCUUAGAGUGGGGGGGUGGGGUCCGUUGGGCUGUGUCAGGGGUCAGGGGAGAAAAGGGCCGCCCGCACUUUGUAAUCUGUUUGUUCAUAUUGUGUCCAGUCCCUCUGCGUGCUCCUCCUAAGAGUGGGAACUGGGGUCUCCUGGGGCUCCCGCUGGGAAGCUGAUGUCCCCCACCAAUGCCUUGGGCCUGGGGCCGCCUGGUCCUUCCCAAGGCGGGGAGAGGGGUAAAGUGGGCAGGCGGAAAGAGGCUGUGGCAGGCAUGAACCCGAAACUUAAGUGGUUUGAGCCGGAAUUUCAAGCCAGAACUUGCUAGCAGCUGUGGUUUUCAGGGGGGCUGUGGACAGGCCUGAGAAGGGCUGCAAGGACCACGCGUGGGGGAGACGGCUGUGUGGGAGCAGGGGCAUGACAGCAGAGGGCGAGAGGAGGUGAUACGGAAGGCAGGGGAGAGGGGAUGGGCCAGCCACACGGUGGGGGACCCGGGGAUAAGACUCUGCGGCUCUGGGGUGCACCCUCAGAAGGGAAGGCCUCCCCCAAGCGCCCCCGAGCUGCCACUCCCACUGAUGCAGUUCUCCUGGGAAGCCUGGUCUCCCCUCCCCCACCCCCACCCGCGCUGUUUAUUUAUUGCACGAAUCUAAGUUAUUCUCCCCAGCCAGCGCUGGCAGUCACUUCCUGGGAAGUGGCCUGUGGCCCUGAGCUGAACUUUAUAUUUUAUAUCUGCAGAUAAAUCACAUAUUAUCUUAUAUUUAGGGGCAGCCGGAUGAAAGGAUAACCCCCAAAAUGGUUUUUUUUAAAAAAAAUCCCUUGGGGGUUCAAAGAGGUCAUACAGCGGGUAAGGCAUUUACUUGCUGUGCACACAGCCUAUCGGGUUUGAUCCCUGGCACCCCAUAGGGGGCCCCCAGGAGUGACCCCUGGACCUAGAGCCAGGAGUAAGCCCUGAGCACAGCCCUGUGUGGCCACAAAAAAAAAAAAAAAAAGCUGGUCCCUAGAGUUUAUUUAUUUUCUGACCUACAGCAAGCGAAUUAUCCGCCUUCUGUAUUUUAUAGACUUUCUGAAUAAAGUCAAGUUCUCUUUUUCCA